CAUCCACGGUGGUUGUUUUAAGAAACAUGAGGAUUCCAUGCUCUCCUCUAGUUUUUUUUUUAACAAGUCUGUGUUUUUCUUAAACGAGUAUCCAAACAAACUAGGAUCCAGUUAAACAUCAACUACAAGGACAAAAGUAAUAGGUUCACAUUUGUCAACUUAACCUCAAUAUAUGCAGCCUACAUUUAAAAAAAGAAAAACCGCGUUUUGGUUUUACCUUUUGACCGUAGCUACGGAAAGUGAAAGGGGACAAAUGUAUGUAGCUAGCUGAAGCAUAGCUUAGCGAACAAUAUUUCGCCGAACAUGGCAGCACACCUGAAGAAGCGAGUUUAUGAGGAGUUUUCCCAUGUCGUACAGAUUCCCCAUGAAGAGGCGCCGGCCAAGAAGCUGCGUCUGUCCAAACCCAGUAAGUCUGCAGCGCUGCACAUCGACCUGUGUAAGGCCACCAACUCCACCGACGCCCUGCAGUACCUGCUGCAGUUUGCACGCAAGCCUGUGGAGGUGGAGAGCGUGGAGGGUGUGGUCCGGAUCCUGUUGGAGCACUACUACAAGGAGGCGGACAACUCUGUGAGGCUGAAGAUCGCCUCUCUGCUGGGUCUGCUGUCCAAAACACAGGGCUUCAGCCCCGACUGCAUCGUGGACGACGCCAUUAACACACUCAACAAUGAGAAGUCCCAUCAGGUCCUCGCCCAGCUGCUGGACACUCUGCUGGUCAUUGGAACACAGCUGCCUGAGAGUCCUGCAGUCAGACAGAGGCUCAUAGAGAUGGCUUGCAAGCACCUGUCUGAUACGUAUUUUGGGGUCAGGAACAAGUGUCUAAAGCUCCUUGGAUGUCUCGGCAUGAUGGACACUUCAUUGACCAAAGACAGCGAGGGACAGGGCACAUCAUCAGGAGGAGCGAGGGAAGUCCAGAGUCUCAUCAGUGAUUACUUUGGAGACCAGGAGCCCAGAGUCCGCACGGCAGCCCUCAAAGCUAUGCUGCAGCUGCACGAGAGAGGAAUAAAGAUUCAUGAGAUCAUUUAUGACCAGGCUUGCAGGUUGCUGUCAGAUGAUUAUGAGCAGGUGCGCUCUGCAGCGGUGCAGAUAGUUUGGGUGCUCAGCCAGCUGUACCCAGAAAGCAUUGUUCCUAUCCCUUCAUCCAAUGAGGAGAUCCGACUUGUUGAUGAUGCGUUUGGAAAGAUCAGUCACAUGAUCAGUGACGGCUCCUGGAUGGUCCGGGUGCAGGCCGCCAAAACACUGGGCUCUAUGCUGCAAGUUAGUCCUCACUUUCUGGAGCAGACUUUGGAUAAGAAGCUGAUGUCAGAUCUAAGGAGGAAGCGUACGGCCCAUGAACGAGCCAAAGAGCUCUUUACUUCUGGAGAGUUCUCCUCUGGCAGGAAGUGGGCCGACGACGCCCCCAAGGAGAGACUGGACACAAACACUGUGAACCUGAUCGCCUCGGGGGCCUGCGGGGCCUUCGUCCACGGCCUGGAAGACGAGAUGUUUGAGGUGCGUAUUGCGGCGGUGGAGGCGUUGAGUCAGCUGGCUCGCUCUUCUGCCAGCUUUGCAGAAAAGUGUCUGGACUUCCUGGUGGACAUGUUCAACGACGAGAUCGAGGAAGUGAGGCUGCAGUCCAUCCACGUGCUGAGAGAGAUCUCCACCCAUAUCACCCUCAGAGAGGACCAGCUGGACACUGUACUAGCUGUGUUGGAGGACUCGUCUCGUGACAUCAGAGAGGCUCUGCAUGAAUUAAUCUGUUACACCAACGUCUCCACCAAAGAGUGUGUUCAGCUGGCUCUGCUGGAGCUGCUCAAGAACCUCAACAAGUAUCCCACUGACCGCAACUCUGUCUGGAAGUGUCUGAAGUUCCUGGGUUCCCGUCACCCAACGCUGGUGUUGCCGCUGGUUCCUGAACUGCUCAGCACACAUCCGUACUUUGACACCCCCGAGCCGGACAUGGAUGACCCGGCCUACAUCGCGGUGCUGGUGUUGGUUUUCAACGCGGCCAAGUCGUGUCCCACCAUGCCGGCGCUGUUCUCCGACCACACCUUCAGACACUACGCCUACCUGAGGGACAGUCUGUCUCACCUCGUACCCCCCCUGCGGUUGCCAGGCAACGGCCUGGACUUGGUGGACUCUCGCUGUGGUUCAGGUUCUGUGGAGUCAGCUCAGCUCUUCCUUCAACAGAGUCUGAACAGGGUCAGCACCAUCCAGAACCUGGAAGCCCCCGGAGCCCAGGACCUGCUCAACUUUACCAUAAGAGACCUGCAGCGGCUGGGGGAGCUGCAGACGGAGCUCGCUGGAGCGGCCGACUUCUGCGCCACAUACCUGCGCUGCCAGCUGCUGCUCAUGAAGGCUCUGCAGGAGAAGCUGUGGAACAUGGCUGUCCCUCUCUGCCUCAAACAGAACGUCACAGCCACCGCUGCAGCUCAACAGAUCUUAGAGGAAACCUACAAGCUGGAGUUCCUGUACAGCGGUCUGGAGAGCAGGCAGGUGGCCACCAUCCAUCAUGUCCGCCUGCAGGCCAAAGCUCUGCAGCUUAUCCUCACUGCUCGCUCUAGGCAGGGGUUGGAUCCUCUCAUCAGCAGCUGUGAGAAGUUUCUGCAGGACAUUGUGUCAUUUCAGAAGCUGUUUCUGGCAGAGCUGCCCUACCUGCAGGACAGUUUUGUGGAUCAGCUGUUGGAGCUGCUGCCCCGGCUGUCGUCCUGUAAGCCGGUGGAGCUGGUGAGGAUCCUGCAGAGCACCCUGAGGCAGAGCGGCCUGCUGCAGCUCCCCCUGCCGGAGCAGAUCCACCGGGCGACAGCCACCAUCAUUGAGCCCACGGGAGAGUCUGACAACCCGCUGAAGUUCACCACCGGCCUGGUGGUGGCCCUGGACAUCGAUGCAACUCUGGAGCACGUCCAGGACCCCCAGAACACGGUGAAAGUGCAGGUUCUGUAUCCAGACGGCCAGAGUCAUGUGAUCCAUCCUAAACCUGGAGACUUCAGGAAGCCGGGCCCCGACAGACACAGACUGAUCACUCAGGUGUACCUGUCCCACAGCGCCUGGACAGAGCCGUCUCAGAUCGAGGUGCGCCUCCUGCUGGCCUACAGCUCCUCCUCCACCUCCCUCUCCUCCUCCAGCUCCCUCUCCUCCUCUCCGGCCUCCAGGCUGGGAUGGAGCGACAGCAUCGACGGCCUCCCCCCCCCAGAGCUCGCCGUAGAGGGAACCAUUCCGUUCAGCAAGCCCGUCAAAGUCCUCAUCAUGCCCAAACCAGCCCGGCGCUGACACGAGUCAACUGAGAACACACACAGAGACACACACAGAACACACACAGAGACACACACAGAACACACACACACACACAGAACACACACACACACAGAACAUACACAGAGACACACACAGAACACAGACACACACACACACACAGAAAAUACACAGAACAUACACAGACACACACAGAACAGACACACACACACAGAACAUACACAGAGACACACACAGAACACAGACACACACACACACACACACACGGCUUCAACUCUUUUCAGAUUUGGCGAGCAAGAGGCACCUGACAAGAGGAUUCUAGCUGCUUCACUCACUAAAUUCAAACCUGUACCAGAAAAUGUUUUGGCUUCUUUUAGAAUUUGUGCACUUUUAAAAAUAAUUCCUGAUGAAGUAUGAGGAAGCACAAGAGUAGUAAUGGUGUCAUUUGUUUUGGAAAUAUUUUUGUACUCAACAAUUGUUUCUGAUAAAGACAAAGAACUGUGUUGGAGAUGA